AACACACUAACAGUAACAAGAGAGCCCACGCCUGACCCAUAUUCGAGACUGCACGCACAUUAUCGACAAAAAGACAAUAAUUCCUUCCUCACAGUCCCCAGCUCCCUGUGCAACCAACGACCAAAACCACACCCGAACGCCAUACGCGACACAUUCUCCACAGAGAUAUCGUUGAACAAAAGGCCACCGCAAUGUGCCCACCUACCUCCAGUGCCACCUGCCCAAUCUGCAACCGCAUCACCCCUUGCAUUGAACACCAGCAGUGUCAGAAGUGCUACCGCCUCCGCCCCUGCCAAUCUCACGAGCCCGUCCCUGCCGCCAAACCUAUACUUCGACAAUCUCCUAAGCGAGGGAUAUUCUCGUGGUACCAAGCACCGUCAUGUUUACGCUUCCAGCUCAAGGUUGGCGGUCCCAUGGAACCGCUGAUAUCGGAGGCAAACAUCGUCUGGGCGGAGCUGAGGGCGUCGAUGGAUAGACAGGACAACGAGCACUUUGGGUUGGAGGAUUUAUACACUGAGGAGCCAGAAAAUGGGCUGGAGUCGGUAGAUGUGAUCUGCUUUGAGGAGGAAAGGGAUAACUGAAAUGCCGGCGUGAUUUUGAGGUGUUCUUGAUGACUGGUACACUGACGCCAUAAAUGGAAAUUUUGUUGAGAGCCUAUCAUGUAGGGGUAGCGAAGUCAAUAUACGAAUACCAAGG